AUGAGUCAACAUCAAGAAGCAUACAUUUGUGGAGAAGAUUCUUGUCAAAGAACGACCACAACCAGCAGCAGCACAUCAACAACCAAUUCUGUAAAUAAUGAAUCAUCAUCUGUUUUAAAUGUAGAAAUCAUUUCGGAUAUUGCUUGUCCAUUCUGUUUCCUUGGUAAAUUGCAAUUGGAAAAAGCAUUGGAACAAUUAAAUAUUAAACCAAUUGGAUCCGAUUCAUCAUCCGAUUUAAAAUAUACCAUUUAUUGGAAACCAUUCUUGUUGAAUCCAAAUGUACCAGCUGGAGGAAUGUCACGUGAUCAAUUUUUCAAAAUGAAAUUUGGAAUGAAUUUGAGUGAAGAUAUGAAAAAUGAUCCAAAAUUAUUACUCAAAUCCAUGCCAAUGCUCAACCAUAUUGAAAAUAGUGGAUUGGAAUUGGGAAUUAAAACAAUGAAUGUUGCCAAUAUGAAAGUACCAAUCAGUAAUACAUUAAAUGGACACAGAUUGAUUCGAUAUGUUGAACAAUUAUAUCCACAUCAAACUUCUGAUAUGCAAAAUAAGGUAGCUGAUAGAGUUUUUAGAGCUUAUUUUGAGGAAGGAAGGGAUGUCUCUCAAGUUUCAGUUAUGAAUGAUAUUGUUAAGGAUUUGAAAUUACAAGAUCAAAUUUCUGAAACCUUCUUUUUGGAGGAUGUUCAUUCAGUCUCUGCCUACACAGAUGAACAAUUAAAAGCUGUCAAGGAAGAAGCCAAAAAAACACAACGUGUCACAAGUGGAGUUCCUUAUUUCACAUUUACCCAUGCUGGAAAAAAGACUUCAACUUCUGGAGCUAUUGGUAUUCAAUCAUUUGUUAAAUUACUCAAAGCUUUCAUCUCUAAAUAA